AUGAACAGCCUGGCGACUUCGGGUCUCAUAACAAUGGACGAAGCCAGUUGUAUAGAAUCUACAGACGCUGGUCGUCUUAUGUCUGUUUACUAUAUCGACGUGGAAACUAUGAAGACUAUUAUGAAGAUAGGCGGUAGUGAAACCCUGGAGCGGUUAUUAUGGCUUAUAUGCGAAAGCCACGAGCUCUCAGACAUGCAUUUACGGGUUGACGAGAGAAGAUCUUUGAACACGCUUAACAGGAAUAAUACAACUGCGACAAUCCGUUUUCCCAUGAAAGGCAAAAUUUGUACGAGGCAAAUGAAAUUGAACUGUAUUAUCCAAGCUGUUCUAGGAUGUCUUCCUAUACCCGAUCCGUCGCUGAACCAAGAGGCUAUGAAAAUUAUGAGGAUUGCUGAUCGCGUCUGUAAAUGUCUUGUAGCAUACGUAACCAGUUCAAAAGUUACAUCCGGAAAUACCAAGUGCUAUUUGUCUGUUGUGAAUGCGAUACUUUUAGCGAAAUGCAUUUCCGCACAUCUAUGGGAAAACUCGCCCUAUCUCAGUAAACAACUGAAGGGUAUAGGACCUACUUUUAGUUCUUCGCUGGCGUCUGCCGGAAAGAUUAUGAACAAAGGACCGCCAGCUGGGAACGUGCUGAGAAAGCAAAUUUCUCUAUUACCAAAAUACAGACUUAACAUUGCUCCAGCCGACGAUCAAUCGGUUCGCAUAGAAAUGGUUUUAUUAAACCAUGCAUAUUUAUUGGAAAACAUCGAACACCUCACAGUCGGCUCCAAUCACAAAUUCUAUCUAAUUGUAGGCGAUUCUGAAAAUAAUCUGCUAUACUUUGCCGCUUUUAAAGAUUCGGAUUUAUUAAACGUUUACGACGGAUGUAUUACGUGCGUCAUUACCCGGAAGCAUAAUAACGAGCACAAAAUUCUAGUAAAUUGCAUUAGUUCAAAUUUUGUGGGCAUCGAUGACUCAUGCGAAUUCCUGUUCAAAGGAUUAUCGAUUUUCGAGAAAAAAGAUAAAGAAAAUAUACAUAAUACGUCCGUAAUACACUCACAAAAGCAAACUCUUAUAACUGACGCUUUUAAACGUAAAAGAAAACUGAAUAGAGAUCACGAUUUCUUUCAAUCACAAGAGAAAAAGAAGCGCGAUAGCAAUCUUAUAAAACAAUAUAAACAUUUAAAGCAAUCACUUGAUAGUACUGUAAAAUGCUCAAAAGAAAAAGAAUUAACCAAUAAAGCUGAUUCAGAAUGUUCUAAACCAGUGGUUAGAGAUAAAUGUGAUGAUAAAUAUAACUAUGAAGAUCUCGUACUAGACAAUGUUGACACGCCAGAUGUUGAUGAUGGAGAAAUAAUGAAUGUGUUAAAAGAAAUUGAAUCUGAAAUGGCUAGUACUAGUAGUAUGAAAUGUUGUAAUAGACCUGUUUCAAAGAAACCCAAAGGAAAUGCAAUAAAUAAAGUAGUUGAUACGCCAGCCAUUAAGAAUGACUACUUUAAAGGAAAGACUCCGAAAAGCAAUUUUAGCUUUAUAGACUCGAUCAAAAAGAAGGAGUGUCUAGAUAAUGAAAAUACUUAUAUAACACAAACGGAUACAGCGUUCUCUAGUGUCAUCAAAGACAAUGUUAGACAGUUUAUGGAAAACAUACAGAAUAAAUUUAAUAAUAAGUCACUAACAGACUUUGAUAAGACAUUGAUAAGCUCUAGAAUGGAUUCUAUUAAUAGCGCUGACUGUGGGACCUCUAAAAAUACCAAACAUCUUACACCUAGUGAUGUCAAACCUGAUAAUUGUGAAGAUAAAAGAUUGCCAAGUGCUCAAAAUGUAAAUAAAAAUGAAUUAUUGAUGCCUUCUGGAACGGAUUCCAUAAAAAACUCUGACUGUGCUACCUCUAAAAAUGAAGUUGGAAAAUCUAAAAAAAAAAUAGUGAAUUAUAAAAUUGAUGAUGACUCACAUAGCACUGAACAGUUUAUUUACAAUAAUACCCCGAGAAAUGAUUUCAAAGAAUCUUGCUUUACAAAUAAAGCAGUUCAAAUUGUGGCUGAAAAUAUAGAACUCAAUAACAAAAACGACGAAUUAUCAUUAGCGAUUCCUUCGUGUAAUAAAAUUCGGCGUAGUAUAGUUCGUUUUGAUACAAGUAGUGACAAAGAUAGAGUUGUUCAACAAAAAAUUAAUAAUCUAAGCACAAUACAAUUGAAACCAAAUACAAUACCUCUACCGGCUAUAGACAAUAUUUUUAAUCGCCAAAAUAAUGUUAACGGAUAUCGAAUAUUUGAAAUAGCUCUUCCAUCGGACUGUGAAAAUAAGAUACAAAGACCAGAAAAUGUAUCUAUUCAGGAUGUAAAUACUGUAUCGAGCUUUGGUGGAAGUAAUAGAAACAGAAAUGAAAAACACGAUACGAUUAACAAAUACUCGUUCACUGCUACACAAGUGAAUGCUUGCACUAAAACAUUACCGGAGCGAAAACUGCAUAUAGUUAGCAGAGUUAAAAUAGAUCUUGAUGUAACAGAAAUUCGAACGAGACAGCAUAAUUUGAACGAAAGCUAUAAUUUUGAAGAUGAUGUUGAUAUAGGGAUUGAUAAAUCUAAGACUUUAGAAUCAAGUUCGGUUAAUUGUGAUGUAAAUAAAUCACAUAAUGAAUAUAUAGACAGCACAUGUUUCUCAAGCGUAAAAGUGCCAAAUUUCAACAACAAAUUAAAAGAACUACAAACAACGUCCGUUCAAGACGAAAAAUGCCAGGUCGAAGAGCUAGAACGUAGUGAAAGUCCAGUAUCCAUUAAUGAUAUCUUAGAGAAAUAUCAAACAAAACUUAGCAUAAGUAAAAACAAAACGCCCGUGCUUAGUCCCGUCAAGAAUUUUAAAAACGAUCUGAACAAGUGUACGGUAAAACCGCGAAGACUAUAUAAGAUCAGCGAUUUACACAAAGUUGACAUCCCUUUACCAAAUUCAUUAACUUCAGUUAUAUUUGACACGAAAAAUGAGCCAGUGAACAAAACAGUAUCCAGUGUUUUACCAAUGGUUAUACCAGACGCUGACUUUUACGACCCUAAUUUGAGGAAAUGUCUAGACGAACAAAUAACAGAAUUACCAAAGGCAGAAUAUAGUGAAGCUAUAUCGAAAUCUGAGAAUUCUCCCAAUGAAAUAAGUGACGAUGACUUGAAUGACUCUCCACCUAAUCCAGUUAUUGAAGAUUUAAAUGACUUUGAGGUAACCCAAGCGCUGCUGAAUCCAAAAACGUUAAUACAAUCUGUGCAGAGCGACGAAAUUAUACCACCGCCUCCUGAAUUCUCAGAUAGUACCUAUUCACCUAUGUUAGACGAUUAUAAAAGCAAUUAUGAUUUAAUCGAUACCAGUUCUAUACUUCAAGAUAUUUCUAAUAAUGAAGUCGCCAUGGAAAUAGACACAACAGGACCCGAAGUUGAAAUGUGGACGUUAUCUACAGAAGAUGAGAAUUAUUCGCCCGUCUACAGUCCACCACAGGACACAUAUACAUCCCAACCUCCGUUUUCCCUAACACCAAAUUUAAGCCAAAGACAUGUUAAAUUGAACAGGUUUAAAUUUACACGUAAAAGUAAUUAUACUUCUAAAGUAAAAAAGUAUUAA